GAAGAAUGAGCGGCGUGAAGCUGCUGAUGCCUUGCUUCGAGAGCUGGGCAGGGCCGGAAACACACACACACACACAGAAACACACUCAGACACUCGUCGUCACUCUGACCUCUGGACUCGUUUCUUUCACCUCCUGAAACACGAGGACGUUUCUCUGUCUCAGACCAGAUUUUUCCAGACCAGAUUUUUCUCUGGUUUGAAAACCGGUGGAUUUAAAGUUUGUUUUGUUCUUUAAUCAAAAAACUAAACUUUAAAUUUCCACAGAGUUUUUCUCUGCUCUGUUUUCAGCUGGGAGUCGUGUUUCUGGGCAGAAAAGUUCAGUUCAGUUUUUAAAGGAUCUCAGAGAAAGUUAUUUAUUUUUUUAUAAAAUUAGCCGAAACGCCAGUGAAGCUCUGACCAAGCUGAACUUUUCUUGUUGGGAUUUUUAUUCUGACAAUCUCUGCGUUUUCUGAGCGUUAACCGGAGACUAUGACCCUGCAGCCGAUGCUGUCUGUGGGCUGAUCAGUUCAUCAGGACUUGGAUUUACCUGGACCUGUGUGUGUGUGUCUGCGUGUGUGUGUGAUGGAGGUGGAGUGGGCGCCGGCCGACUCGACUCAGAUGCAGCUCAGCUACAACCAGCUGGAGGGUCGAUUCAAACAGCUGCAAGAUGAGCGGGAGGCGGUCCAGAAGAAGACCUUCACUAAGUGGGUGAACUCUCACCUGUCCAGAGUCUCCUGCAGGAUCACAGACCUGUACAUGGACCUGAGGGACGGACGCAUGCUCAUCAAGCUGCUGGAGGUUCUGUCAGGAGAGAGGCUGCCGAAGCCGACCAAAGGACGGAUGCGGAUCCACUGUCUGGAGAACGUGGACAAAGCUCUGCAGUUCCUGAAGGAGCAGCGGGUUCACCUGGAGAACAUGGGCUCUCACGACAUCGUGGACGGAAACCACCGCCUGACGCUGGGCCUCAUCUGGACCAUCAUCCUCCGCUUCCAGAUCCAGGACAUCAGUGUGGAGACUGAAGACAACAAAGAGAAGAGAUCAGCUAAAGAUGCUCUGCUGCUGUGGUGUCAGAUGAAGACAGCAGGGUAUCCUAACGUGAACAUCCACAACUUCACCACCAGCUGGAGGGACGGCAUGGCCUUCAACGCUCUCAUCCACAAACACAGGCCUGAUCUGAUCGACUUUGACAAACUGAAGAAGUCCAACGCUCACUACAACCUGCAGAACGCUUUUAACCUGGCAGAGCAACACCUGGGCCUCACCAAGCUGCUGGACCCAGAAGAUAUCAGCGUGGACCAUCCUGACGAGAAGUCGGUCAUCACCUACGUGGUGACCUACUACCACUACUUCUCCAAGAUGAAGGCUUUGAAGGUGGAGGGCAAACGCAUCGGAAAGGUGUUGGACAACGCCAUCGAGACAGAGAAGAUGAUCGAGAAGUACGAGUCUCUGGCCUCAGACCUGCUGGAGUGGAUUGAACAGACCAUCAUCAUCCUCAACAACAGGAAGUUUGCCAACUCUCUGGUUGGGGUCCAGCAGCAGCUCCAGGCCUUCAACACCUACAGGACUGUGGAGAAACCUCCAAAGUUCACAGAGAAGGGGAACCUGGAGGUUCUUCUCUUCACCAUCCAGUCUAAGAUGAGAGCCAACAACCAGAAGGUCUACAUGCCCCGAGAGGGAAAACUCAUCUCAGACAUCAACAAGGCCUGGGAACGACUGGAGAAGGCAGAGCACGAGAGGGAGCUGGCUCUGAGGACAGAGCUGAUUCGUCAGGAGAAACUGGAACAGCUGGCCCGACGCUUCGACCGCAAGGCGGCGAUGAGAGAGACCUGGCUCAGUGAAAACCAGAGACUGGUGUCACAGGACAACUUUGGUUUCGACCUUCAGGCCGUUGAGGCAGCCACCAAGAAGCACGAGGCGAUCGAGACGGACAUCGCUGCGUAUGAGGAGCGCGUCCAGGCUGUGGUCGCUGUAGCAAAGGAGCUGGAGGUGGAGCGCUACCAUGACAUCAAACGCAUCGCAGCCAGGAAGGACAAUGUGAUCCGGCUGUGGGAGUACCUGCUGGAGCUGCUGAAGGCCCGCAGACUUAGACUGGAGAUGAACCUGGGCCUGCAGAGGGUCUUCCAGGAGAUGCUCUACAUCAUGGACUGGAUGGACGAGAUGAAGAUGCUGCUGCUGUCUCAGGAUUAUGGGAAGCAUCUGUUGGGUGUGGAGGACCUGCUGCAGAAACACGCCCUGGUGGAGGCCGACAUUGCCAUCCAGGCUGACCGGGUGAAGGCGGUCACCACCAAUGCCAACAAGUACUCCAUCAAUGACAGCGGCUACAAACCCUGCGACCCUCAGGUCAUCCAGGACCGGGUGGCCCACCUGGAGUUUUGCUACCAGGAGCUGACCCAGCUGGCCGCAGAGCGCCGUGCCCGCCUGGAGGAGUCCCGCCGCCUCUGGAAGUUCUUCUGGGAGAUGGCAGAGGAGGAGGGCUGGAUCCGUGAGAAGGAGCAGAUCCUGUCCUCUCUUGAGCACGGCAAGGACCUGACAGGGGCACUGCGCCUCCUCAGCCAGCAGCGCGCCCUGGAGGAUGAGAUGAGCGGCCGCGCUGGACACCUCCAGCACACCAUCGCUGAGGGCCAGGCCAUGGUACAGGCCGGUCACUUUGGUGCCACUAAGAUUCAGGAGCGCAUCGCUGACCUGCAGGCUCAGUGGGCGGCGCUGGAGCAGCUGGCAGCGGUGAGGAAGAAGAAGCUGGAGGAGGCUCUGGCCCUGCACCAGUUCCAGGCUGAUGCAGAUGAUGUUGAUGCCUGGACACUGGACGCUCUCCGCAUCGUCUCCAGUGGAGAGACGGGUCAUGAUGAGUUCUCCACGCAGGCGCUGGUCAGGAAACACAAGGACGCAGCAGCGGAGGUCGCCAGCUACCGACCCGUCAUCGACUCGCUCCACGAGCAAGCCAGCUCUCUGCCCAAAGAGGAAGCAGAGUCGGAAGAGGUGCGUGGUCGGCUGGCCGGCAUCGAGGAGCGCUACAAGGAAGUGUCAGAGCUGACGAAGCUGAGGAAGCAGGCGUUGCAGGACGCUCUGGCUCUCUACAAGAUGUUCAGUGAGGCCAACGCCUGUGAGGUGUGGAUCGAUGAGAAGGAGCAGUGGCUGAACAGCAUGGAGAUCCCUGAGAAACUGGAGGACCUGGAGGUCAUUCAGCAUAGGUUUGAGAGUCUGGAGCCAGAGAUGAACAACCAGGCGUCUCGUGUUGCGGUGGUGAACCAGAUCGCCCGGCAGCUGAUACACAGUGGUCACCCGAGUGAGAAAGACAUCAAGACCCAGCAGGACAAACUCAACAACAGAUGGAGCCAGUUCCGUGACCUGGUGGACCAGAAGAAGGAGUCCCUGAACUCAGCUCUGGGUGUGCAGAACUACCACCUUGACUGCAAUGAGACCAAGUCCUGGAUCAAAGAGAAAACCAAAGUCAUCGAGUCCACCCAGGAGCUGGGCAACGAUCUCACUGGAGUCAUGGCCCUGCAGCGUAAACUCACUGGUAUGGAGCGUGAUCUGGCUGCCAUCGAGGACAAACUGGGUGACCUGCGAGGCGAGGCCCAGCGGCUGGCGGAGGAGCAUCCCGACCAGGCUAAAGCCAUCACAGGCCGUCUGGCUGAAAUCACUGCUGUCUGGGAGGAAAUGAAGAAUACACUAAAGAACCGUGAGGAGUCUCUGGGCGAGGCCAGGAAGCUGCAGCAGUUCCUGCGUGAGCUGGAUGACUUCCAAUCCUGGCUCUCCCGCACUCAGACGGCCAUUGCCUCCGAGGACAUGCCAAACACGCUGGCUGAGGCCGAGAAGCUGAUGGCUCAGCACGAAGGUAUCAAGAACGAGAUCCAGAACUAUGAGGAGGACUACCAGAAGAUGCGGGACAUGGGGGAGAUGGUGACACAGGGCCAGACGGACGCUCAGUACAUGUUCCUUCGACAGAGGCUGCAGGCACUCGACACCGGCUGGAAUGAGCUGCACAAGAUGUGGGAGAACCGACAGAACCUGCUGUCCCAGUCCCACGCUUACCAGCUGUUCCUCAGGGACACAAAGCAGGCCGAGGCCUUCCUCAACAACCAGGAAUAUGUCCUGGCCCACACCGAGAUGCCCACAACUCUGGAGGGCGCAGAGGCCGCCAUCAAGAAACAGGAGGACUUCAUGACCACCAUGGACGCCAACGAGGACAAGAUCAACAGCGUGGUGGAGGCCGGCAGGCGGCUGGCCAGUGACGGGAACGUCAACGCCGAACGUAUCCAGGAGAGAGUUACCUCCAUCGACGACAGGCAUAAGAAGAACAGGGAGGCUGCAGUGGAGCUGCUGAUGAGACUGAAGGACAACAGAGACCUGCAGAAGUUCCUUCAGGACUGCCAGGAGCUCUCUCUGUGGAUCAAUGAGAAGAUGCUCACAGCUCAGGACAUGACCUACGAUGAGGCCAGGAACCUGCACAGCAAGUGGCUGAAGCACCAGGCCUUCAUGGCUGAACUGCAGUCCAAUAAAGAGUGGCUGGACAAAAUCCAGAAGGACGGCAUGUUGCUUGUGUCUGAGAAGCCGGAGACUGAGGCGGUGGUGAAGGAGAAGCUGUCGGCGCUCCACAAGAUGUGGGAGGAGCUAGAGUCGACCACGCAGACCAAGGCUCAAUGCCUGUUCGACGCCAACAAGGCAGAACUGUUCACCCAGAGCUGUGCCGACCUAGACAAGUGGCUCGUUGGCCUCGAGGGUCAGAUCCAGUCCGACGACUACGGCAAAGACCUGACCUCCGUCAACAUCCUGCUCAAGAAACAACAGAUGCUGGAGAACCAGGUGGAGGUGCGUCAGAGGGAGGUGGUGGAGCUGCAGAGCCAGGUGAAGGCUCUGGGUCAGGAGGUGAAGGACACUGAUGAGGUGGACGGGCGGAGGCAGCUGGUGGAGAGGAAGUUCCAGGAGCUGCUGGAGCCACUGAGACGCCGCAGGAACUUCCUGGUGGCGUCGAGAGAAGUUCACCAGUUCAACCGAGAUGUCGAGGAUGAGAUCCUGUGGGUUCAGGAGAGGAUGCCUGUGGCCACGUCCACUGACCACGGACACAACCUGCAGACGGUCCAGCUGCUCAUCAAGAAGAACCAGACUCUGCAGAAGGAGAUCCAGGGCCAUCAGCCUCGUAUAAACGACAUCCUGGAGCGCAGUCAGAGCCUCCUGCAGGACGAGUCCUCCAAUGCCGACAUCAUCCGUCAGCGCCUGGCCGACCUGCAGGAGCUGUGGAGGCAGCUGAGGGAGGAGGCUGAGCGUCGCCACGGCCGCCUGGAGGAGGCACACAAGGCCCAGCAGUACUACUUUGACGCCGCCGAGGCCGAGGCCUGGAUGAGUGAGCAGGAGCUGUACAUGAUGUCGGAGGAGAAGGCCAAGGACGAGCAGAGCGCUGUCACCAUGCUGAAGAAACAUCAGAUCGUAGAGCAGGCGGUGGAGGACUACGCCGAGACCGUCCACCAGCUGUCCAAGACCAGCAGAGGACUGGUAGCUGAUGGACACCCAGAGAGCGAGCGAAUCAGCAUGCGUCAGUCUCAGGUGGAUAAGCUUUAUGCCGGCCUGAAGGACCUGUCCGAGGAGAGGCGGGGCAAACUGGACGAGAGACUCCGCCUCUUCCAGCUGAACCGAGAGGUCGACGACCUCGAGCAGUGGAUCGCUGAGCGGGAGGUGGUGGCCGGGUCACAUGAGCUGGGACAGGACUACGAACAUGUCACCAUGUUGCAGGAGCGUUUCCGGGAGUUUGCCCGGGACACGGGGAACAUCGGUCAGGAGCGCGUGGACGCCGUCAACCGUCUGGCGGACGAGCUGAUCAACACCGGGCAUGGCGAUGCAGCGACGGUGGCGGAGUGGAAGGACGGGCUGAAUGAGGCCUGGGCUGACCUGCUGGAGCUCAUCGACACCAGGACACAGAUCCUCGCUGCCUCCUUCGAGCUCCACAAGUUCUACCACGACGCCAAGGAGAUCCUGGGACGCAUCCUGGACAAACAGAAGAAGCUGCCUGAGGAGUUUGGCCGAGACCAGAACACGGUGGAGACGCUGCAGAGGAUGCACACCACCUUCGAACACGACAUCCAGGCCCUGGGAACACAGGUGAGGCAGCUGCAGGAGGACGCCGUGCGCCUCCAGUCGGCGUAUGCUGGAGACAAAGCCGACGACAUCCAGCGGAGGGAGAGCGAGGUGCUGGAGGCCUGGAGGAGUCUGCUGGAGGCCUGCGACGGACGCCGGCUCCGCCUCCUCGACACCGGCGACAAGUUCAGGUUCUUCAGCAUGGUCCGAGACCUGAUGCUGUGGAUGGACGACGUGAUCCGGCUCAUCGAGGCCCAGGAGAAACCCAGAGACGUGUCGUCGGUGGAGCUGCUGAUGAACAACCACCAGGGCAUCAAAGCAGAGAUCGACGCCCGAAACGACAGCUUCACUGCCUGUAUCGAGCUGGGGAAGGCCCUGCUGGCCCGGAAACACUAUGCCUCCGAGGAGAUCAAAGAGAAGCUGCUGCAGCUGACAGACAAGAGGAAAGAGAUGAUCGACAAAUGGGAGGACCGAUGGGAGUGGCUCCGACUCAUCCUGGAGGUGCACCAGUUCUCCCGGGACGCCGGUGUGGCUGAGGCCUGGCUGCUGGGUCAGGAGCCGUACCUGUCCAGCAGGGAGAUGGGUCAGAGCGUGGACGAGGUGGAGAAACUCAUCAAACGCCAUGAGGCCUUCGAGAAGUCUGCCGCCACCUGGGAGGAACGCUUCUCUGCUCUAGAGCGUCUGACUACAUUGGAGCUGUUGGAGGUGAGGAGGCAGCAGGAGGAGGAGGAGAGGAGGAGGAAGCCUCCGACUCCAGAACCAGCUGUGAUCCAGCAGGAGGAGUCUCAGCAGCAGAGCGGAGUCAUCACUCAGAACGGACUGCCGUCAGACCAGGACUCUCCUCGGGAUGGAGUGGACGGUGGAGAUCUGGUGAACGGCAUGGCCGAGCGGAGCUCCAAGGAGCCGAGUCCAACCCCGUCGCCGACCUCUGGCAGGAAGAGUAAGACUAGCCAGUCAUCCACGCUGCCCAGCAAGAACCAGGACUCGUCCUCGUCUCAGCUGGAGGGCUUCUUGCACCGCAAACACGAGUGGGAGGGCCACAACAAGAAGGCGUCCAACAGGUCGUGGCACAACGUGUACUGCGUCAUCAACAACCAGGAGAUGGGUUUCUAUAAGGACAGCAAGGCGGCGGGUCAGGGAGUCCCGUACCACGGAGAGUUACCCAUCAGCCUGAAGGAGGCGACAUGUGACGUGGCCUCAGACUACAAGAAGAAGAAACACGUCUUCAAACUCAGAGUCACUGAUGGUAACGAGUAUCUGUUCCAAGCCAAAGAUGAAGAGGAGAUGAGCACCUGGAUCCAGGCCAUCCUGAACGCCAGCGCCACCGACCGCUCCGACAUCCAGGGCAGCAACCCGGGCACGCCAGCGUCCGGGCGCGCUCAGACGCUGCCGGCCGCCGUCACACUCACCACCGAGUCGAGUCCUGGCAAGAGAGAGAAGGACAAAGAGAAGGACAAGGAGAAACGCUUCAGCCUGUUCAGCAAAAAGAAACAGUAGAGAGUCAAACAACGAGCACUUUGGUGAAACUGAUCUGGACUCACGCUCUGAUGCACAACUUCACCUCAUAUUUAGCUUCUUUAUCGUUUCUCAUUCUCUGUCUCCAGAAACUUUAUGACUGGAAUCUGCUUCAGAGCGUGUUUUCAGAUUUCUGUUUUUUCCUCUUUUCCAGAGAAACAAAGCUGCUGAAUUGUCCCUGAUACUGCACAGCACAGCAGCGUUAUUUACCAAACCUCUGAAUCCACCUGUCACCUUUGUAAAGUCAGACACAGUUUUCAGAGCGUGAACUUUAGCAGCUGAUAACUCUGACAUUUCCUGUUUGUCUGCAGAGCUUUAAGAAAACGUCAAAUUUAUCCAGAUGAACUGAAUUUGGUGUUAAACAUUUUACCCCAAAAAACCCUCUGAUUUUUAGUCCGUGAAUAAAAUGUCUUGAGAAAUUUCUGUGUCUAGCUUUUAGAGAGCUUUUUAGAGAAUUUAUUUCCAUGUUAAUAAUCAAACGUGAUGGUGACAUCACUGCUGAACAGCCAAUGACAGAGUUUGUUGGCUGAGAAAGUUCAAGCAGAAAACUGUGAAAGUUUCACUAAAGUGCGAUGUCGGGUUUCUUCUUUGUUUUUUUUUUUAUAUUUUGAUUUCAUUUUCUUCGUGUGGUCGGCUGUGGCGUCAAUCACUGCAUCAGAGAGCAUUUGCGACUAUGAUGUAAUGGCAAUUCAUCAUCUAACCUGAAAACGUUCCUGUGUGUCGCUGAUGAACAUCUGAACGGAAACUGCCGCCUCUCUCCUUCUGUCAUCGCUGGUUCGUUGUUCUGUGAUGACAAAUCACCGAUUCUGUUGUUUGUUUGUUCGUCGACAAUGAAUCGCUGUUACAUCACAAUGUCUCAAAAGAAAAUGCUGCCACUCUCGCUCAUCGAUUUAUCCUCUUGGUUCGUUUUAUCUGCGAUGACGAAUCAUUGAUUGAUCACCAGGUUUUGACUGAACCUGUUCUGACUCUCACUCUGUUGUUCGUUCUUCUGUCGACGAUGAACCAAUGUUACGUCACAACAUCUUAACUGAAAACGCUGCCACUCCCGCUCUUUCUCCAACAUCAGCAGCGACCACACACUUAUUUUUUCUUUUUUUGUUUGUUUAUUUUUUGUUCAAAGUCGUUUAUUUUUUGUUUUUCUUAAAUUUGUGUUAUUUUUCUAUGUUGUUUGGAACAGGUCUGGGUUAUUUCCUCAAUUUUGUGAGGGUGUCUUCAGAGACAACCUACAUUCUUCCUCUGCCAUUGAGAAAUUGGACCAAUAGUGCAUUUUAUUUCUGGUAUUAUUUUGACUUUUUUUCGUCUUCUGUCGCUCCACGACCAUUUUCUCUUUGUCUUAACAACAGCCAAUCACCUUCGAGGAGGUGUAUGAUGUAGAAAUGUCCACUUGCAUGCUUCGUCAGGCUCAGAGUGCCGCCUGAAAAACUCACCUGAAACUAAAACUAUCUUCGUUUUUUUAAUCUUUUUCUUUGUUUUCCUUUAGUUCUAUGUUUCAGAUCCUUCUAGUACAGAUAAUGAAGAUCAGUAUGUAUAAUAAACACUAAAGCGUUGAUGUUAAAUGGUAAACGUACGUCCUGUACUGCGGACAGUGGGGGUUCAGCUGUGGAGAAGUGAAGGUUUGCUUGCUUGUCGUCAGCUCUUCGCACCGCGCUGCGUUCAGAUUUUCUGCUCUUUGAUACUCGUGUUGCUCUGUCACUGUAUAUCUAUUGUACCGAACAUGUAUGGAAGUUAACGCCAUCUUUACUGCACAAUCAGAACUACAUCUAUAGGAAUGAAGAAGAAGCUGUUUAAGGCCAAAUAUUUAAACAGAAGUUAGACCAUAAAGGCUUUUCUCAUGUAUGAAACUGCACCUGUAGACUUUAAAGCUCUCUCUCUCUCUCUCUCUCUCUCUCUCUCUCUCUCUAUCAAAUAUGUGCGAUGUCAUUAAAGCUUUUAAACUUUACACUCCA